AUUGGAACUUCCUUGUUGUCAAAAGAGAAUUGAUGCUGUGAUUUUAGCUAGCUAAAUAACUUCAAAGUUGGCUAGCUACCCAGUUUACUGCAAUAAUAAUUGUAAUCUCUCCGUGCGGCAAACUGCCAGAUUUUAAACCAAGGUUUUCGCCUAUUCGAAAUGGGGAAAGGAUGCAAAGUUGUGGUGUGUGGUUUGGCAUCUGUAGGAAAAACAGCCAUCCUUGAACAGCUGUUAUAUGGCAAUCACGCAGUUGGUUCAGAGUCCACUGAGACCCAGGAGGAUGUGUAUGUGGCGUCGGUGGAGACAGACCGCGGUGUGAAGGAACAGUUACGUCUCUAUGACACCAGGGGGCUCCACGACGGCCUGGACCUUCCCAAGCACUACUACUCUGUGGCAGACGGCUUUGUGCUGGUCUACAGUGUGGACAGCCUGGAGUCCUUCAAGAAGGUGGACGUCCUGAAGAAGGAGAUAGACAAAUCCAGAGACAAGAAAGAGGUGAUGGUGAUCGUGCUAGGGAACAAGACGGACCUGCGUGAGCUUCGUCAGGUGGAGCAGGAGGCAGCGCAGCAGUGGGCGCGGGGGGAGAAGGUCAAGCUAUGGGAGGUCAGCGUCACUGAGAGGAACUCUCUCAUCGAACCCUUCACCAUGCUCACCAGCCGCCUCACACAGCCUCAGAGCAAGUCUGCCUUCCCUCUUCCAGGACGCAAGAGCAAGGGCACGCCGUCCAAUGACAUCUGAACUGAACUCAACCUCGAGCGCACCUAAGUACUUCAGGGUGGGAGAUAUGUCACGGAGUAGGAUCGAUGAGUUAGCCAGCCAACUUAGAUUCAUAUUCUGACUUCAUAUCAAGAUAGAUCGCCAUGAAAUAUGGGCAUAGACAUAGUAACUGACUCGACAACCAACAACCCAUAUUAUAUUCCCUUUCCCUUAAAAUAAAGCUUUUUUUAAAUGAACUAGCAAAUCAAGAGAUGCAUCUUAAUGUUUAUCAAAGUAAGCUGGCUAAAUUGGUAAGCCUGCUUUGUGGUAUCAUACACCCCUAUGGUUUCAGUGUUCCCCGUCCUAUUGGAGGGCUAAAGUAGCCACUUUACAGCAAGGUCUAGGCCCAUAUAAUGUGCCUUUGGAGUGAGGCAUAUUACUACCUAGUGUGUAUGGGCUAUUACCACUUUACUACCUAGUGUAUGGCCCAGUAGCAAUAUAUAUUUUUAAAAAUGGUACUACCUUGAUCAGGUCUGUUGCUCAUGUCUGUGAUUAUCAAAUGUCUGUUUCAUCAGUUGUCCCCUAAAUGGUUGUUUUUGUGUAUUUGUUAAAUACAAAACCUGUGUAUUUUAUUUUCUUUGUACAUGUUUGAGAACGUUUUUAUUGACCUAAUUUAUUUGUCACUUUACUAAACUUAAAUUCCUAGUGGGUAGGAAUGGGAUAAAAUGUAGGACAGAAUUGUCUGAAUGAAAUGUAUUUCUGAAUUGUUGUGAAGAGAAUGUGGAUUCUGUAGUGCGUCCAAAUAAUAUAUCCUUUCUCCUGAAGUGUACACUCGUUCACUACUACAAAUCUAAAAGCAUUGGAUUGGUGGAGGCACGGGGCAGGAGUUUCCACUAUAUUUCUUAUACCAGUCAUUUCCUUUCAAUUCAGUGAAUUGAAGUGAAGACAUGUACACUUUGGAAGAGAGAAUUGGAACAUUGCCUGUGUCCUUCAUGUCUUGUGUGUGAGACCUAGCCAAAAAAGUUAUAUUUUGUGCUGCUACUUAUUUUACAUUUUUUGUUGUUCAUUGUUUUCUGACAUAUGCGCAUAUAUUUCAAUUUAACAAUAAAUGGAGGGACUGUAUUAAAUCAGCAA